AUGGCUCAGAGAAACAUUAUUUGUUCAGUGCAUUACAAUGGUGUUAUCAGUAACGAUCUAACCAACGGUUUUUCGUUUAGCAAUACCGAAACAAAACGUUUCAAAGUGCAUUGUAGAGCUGAUUUUAUGCAUUUGAAGGAACGGAUCGAAACAAAAUUGCAACUUCCUGUAAGUGAAAUUAUUUAUCGACUUCCGUUGUUUAAUGGAGACAACAGUAUCAUUUUUUACGUCAUGAAACCAGUAGAGGACGACGGUGGCGUUAAAGUGAUGUUCGAAUGUCACAAUUCGUUUGCUUCUCUUGACGAUAUCGAGCUAUAUGUUCAUAUUGUUAGUCCUCUCAUUAACCAAUCGCAAGAGUCACAUUCGCAUCAAUAUGGUAUGAGCCAACCCACUGAUGAAGAGCCAACACAAAACAACGAACCAUUUAUUCCCAACGAACAAGUGGACGAGUACAGUGAAGAUGAAAUACAAGAAGUGCAAUAUGAAGAUCUUUUUGGUGAUGACAAUGACCCUGAUAUUGUUGAGCCGUCGCAGCCUACAAUUGCACGGCCGAUUAGCAUGUACGCCCCACCGGAUCACAUGCGAAAUAUCUGUUUAGAAGAGGCACAGUCUGAAUCAAUAUUUGGUUCGCACAAAACAAACUAUAGUGAUGUUGAUUUAUAUGAGGGAAUGGAGUUUGAAGACAAGGAGGAGUGCGUUGCUGUUAUACAACAUUGGCAUAUCACCAAUAAUCUUGAUUAUUGGGUAUACAAAUCUGAUAAGAACAGAUAUGUCAUCAAAUGCACGAAUCCAACUUGCCAAUUCAAAUGUAGAGCAUCAGUUCGCAAGAAGAAUUCUAAGUGGACGAUAGGUAAGUUGAGUGGACCACAUGUCUGCACAACCACUUCAAUGUCGCAAGACCAUAGACAACUUACCUCAGAUAUUGUCUCUCACUGCAUCAGAGAUCUGGUUAACACCGACCCAUCAAUUAAGGUAAAGCUCAUAAUUUCUCAUGUAACAGGAAAGUAUGGUUAUAAUAUAUCUUACAGGAAAGCGUGA